AUGUAUAUUCGUCUUUCAAUUUUUGUUGUACUUCUACUCGCAUUGGGAACUGUCGACUCGAAACACAAGCACAAAAAAGAAAAUGAACCAGAGUUCAUCAAGAAUUUGACAAACAAUCAACGCAGUUCAUUCUUCGCAAUCUCCAAGAAUCCUGGAUUUUCAUUCCAGCAAAAGGACGAUAAACUUGAGAAAUGGGCAGAGGACAACAAGUUGUCGGAACCAUAUGCCGAGUUCCGCAGAAACCUGGCCACUCACAAAGAGCAAGUCUCCAAGAACGUCUCUGCCGCAAUCGAUCGUCUUGCCGAAGCCAAAGCUGAAGUCGACAAAGUCGAUGCUGAUUUCAGUUUGACAAAGAUUCAAAGAGACGAUAAAAUCGAAGAGCUGAAGCAAAAAUAUCCACAGGAAAUCCCAACACUUUUCUAUAUGAGAUCCCUCUUCGAACAUCCAAAAAAGAAUGAAACCAGAGAUGGACCAUCUGAAGGAAGAGGAGGAAAGAGAAAGCGUCAAUAA